UAGUAACGGGUCCUUGAAACAAUACCAUCCUGUUUAUCACUAAGGAUUGGAUAUGGGCCACACUGAGAGUACAAGAACGGACACACGGACUACCCGACUCCCUAUAUAAGUGCGAUCGAAGCCGUGCCGAAUCAAACACACUUUCCGCAAGCAAUCUCUCAGUUCAAGAUCAUCUUCUUCCAAAUCGCAAUCAAGAUGAGCCAACCCGGACUUUUGAGGGGCGGUCCUGGACCUGUGAUGGGAGGCGGAACGUUGGACCCCUCCAAAUGGUCAUCACCAAGACCUGCAACUGCUGAUGUUCAGAAGCUCUGUGACGAUGUUCGCAGUAUGGUCGAGUCAGCUUACAAUGGCGACAAACCAUUCCAUGACUUUACCGCCACGUCCUACAUCAGUCGGGACAUUGAUAAUGGUCGCAUCGUACGUGCCAAGGUGUGCUUAAAUCCUCUUGCCCAAAUUCGGCUUCAAGUGCAAACAAGGGGUAGCGUGCCUCACUUCGAAGUAGCUGAGGCGUUCUGCGAUGGCAGCUUGCAAGAGGGACCUCAAUAAACACUGCACAUGAUGUACUCGAUCACUUCUCACUUAUCAUUCUUUUCCGGAAUAUAGCUUUUGUUUACACACUAACUGCAUUCUGACAUGUUAUCCAGUGCACAAUUGUUGUUAUUUCCCCCUCCCCCCAUACAUGUCCGUGUCUAGUUGGUCAGAGUUUGUUGCAUAACAAUAUUCUGAUUAAUGUUGGGUAUUGCGUUUCCCGUUUCACAUCUUCUUUGAAAUGGUACUGGAAUAUAGUGGCAGUGAGAUGCUGAGGUACAAUUUCAUGUUUCCGGAUCGUACCUUGUGGCUGAAGAAUAGGCCAUUUGGGUCGCAUAGAGGCUAGAACUGAAUUGGCAUCUGGCUGGUACCCAGGACAUGCAGCGGUGCAAAAUUCGUGUAACAUUCGAAUGCGUUCAAAUGACACUAAGGGAAAGACCAAUGCAGAAUGAUCAAGGUUUCAAAUUUUCUUGAGGUAGUGCUGCCAAACCAAGUAGCUGAAAGCGCAUGAGAUCCUUUGUCAACACCGCAAAGUAGUAAUGCAGAAAGUGACUUUCUCCCAAUGUUUUCUGCCGACAUUGGCCAUAGGUCACCCUGCUAGGAGUACAGCCAGCUACCAUUCUUUGUUUGUGACUUCACUGAAUGGUUCCCAUUGAUGACUGCAUACGUUCUAUAUAUGCAUAACAAGCAUUUUACGGGCGUAUCAUUCGACCUAGACUAUGUUACCACCAGCAAAUUUGUUUGUAGCCCCGAUCCUCGAACGGGAAACUCCAUACACUGACCAAUUACCGGUACUUUCUAGCGUACAACCAAAGAAUAUUCAUUCAGUAAUU